AUGGAAAACGAUGAAGGAAAUGCUGUAGAUCCGAUUAAUGUUGUAGAAGCUGGUGAAGCAGAGGAUGAAGAUGUGCUCGGUGAUGCAGAAGCUGGUGAUGACGUAAUAGAGGAUGAAAAUUUUCAUGAUUUCCACGAUGGUGCUGACAUAGAUGAUGAUAUCGACAGUUAUCACGAAUAUGAUGACAAUUAUGGCGCAAAUUCAGGCUGUGAGUUAGACGAGGAUGUUGUUUCUGACAUAGAGGAUGAAAAAAGUAUAGAUAAAAACUCUGUCGUUGGAAAGCAUGCUUUAGAUCUGCUAUCAAAGGUGAAAGAUCAGAGGAAGGAAAAUCUAAAUUUUGACUUGAACAUAAAAUUAUUUUUCAGCGAUGGCUAUAAACUAGAGCCUGUCCACAAAAUUAUUGUUUCUGCCUUCUCUCCUUACAUCAAGCAGUACCUAAUAAAUAUGCCUAAAAUGGAAAACCAGCAGAUGAACUUAAGUGAUCUUAAGGGAAGUGCUGUCAUGGAAAUAAUUAACUGGAUGUAUUCUGGAGUCUGCAAUUUAACUGAGGAAAAUGCAGAAGAUAUCCUCGAAUCUGCAGACUUUUUGUGUAUUGAUGAAAUAUGCGAACUAUGUGUUGAUUUUUAUUGCAAAGAUUUAUCAUUCAAGAAUUGUGCAGAGGUUCACGCUCUGAGUAAAGUAUUCUGCCAGAACAAUUUCACAAAACGGGUGCGUAGUUAUAUUUUAAGAAAUUUCUAUCCUCUAUUUACAGCAGGGCAUUUAGACAAAUUAAGUUCAUUGGAAAUUCUUGGGCUUAUGUCUGAUGAUAGGCUUUCAUUGGUUUCAAACGAAGAACUGGUUAGUGCAAAUCUCGAAUUCAGGCUCUUCAAUGCUGUCAAAGAUUAUAUUAACAGAAAAAACUGUUGUGAUGAGUGGUUAGAAUUUUUGAAAUGUUCAAUUAGGUUGGGAUUUUUGACACCGGGUCAGUUGAUUCAGAUCAAUAAGGAUUACAGCUGGUUAGGAGACUGUCGUGAUAAGGACAUAUGCAUUGAGUUAUUGAGUUUAGCUCAAGACAAGCAAAUAUUUUCUCACAAUUUUGAUGUUGGCAAGUGGAAUAAACCGAGAAUAGAUACAAGAGAAUUUAAAUACUAUUGGACUGAGAAAAUAGCUUAUGCUGGCAGUACUUACUUUCGCAGUUUAGAUUCAUUCAAAGAUUUGGACUUUCUCUCUGAUAAAAAAGGCAACAAAAGUGCUCUCACAGUCGUUCGUGGAGUCAAAAUUUGGUUGAGGAUUUGGGAUGGCAUAGUUGUUGUAGGAGGAAUUACACUGACGUAUGAAGAUAGGACAACAAUUGACCACGGAUUAAACGUCGAGCAUCCAGAAGGAGUGCAUGAAUUCAAACUCAAGGAUGGAGAUUACAUCAACAGGAUAGAUUACAGGGCGGGUUUCCUAAUUGAUCAGAUAACAUUUCACACAAAUUCGGGACUGAAAUACGGUCCGUACGGAGGUGUGGGAGGGUCUGAAGGUUCUUUCACGCCCAGGAAGAAAGGAGGAUUCUUCGCAUCAAUUUGUGGCCAAGUAGCUAUGUCUCACAAUAUCCCUGUUGUCAGAAAAACGCGUUUUUGUUGGGGCUACCUUGAUACAAAGUUGUUAGCCACAUAG